UGUAGGAGCAUGGGCCGUAAAAGUUGUUAAGAAAAAAUAAAAAUGAAACCAACCAACACUAAACCAUAAAACACAGUUGUAGGUAAGUGACGUUAGAUUCAGUGAGAGAAGUAGUUGAAACCUCCGCCAUCUUUCGAUGAACUCGAGGAAACAUCCUUUCUAUUUCUCUUAAACAAAAACAACACAAAUUCACAUUCCUCAUUUCAAUCCAAUCCCCCAUUUUCACCUUCAACAAUGUCUCACCUUCUUCGAACUCCGUUCCUCCAUUCCUCCACCGCCCUCCGCCGCACUCCCACUUCACUCCACCGCACUUCAACCUCCACCAACAACUUCGUCGUCCGUGCCAAGAUCCGAGAGAUUUUCAUGCCUGCACUUAGCUCCACUAUGACCGAGGGCAAAAUCGUCUCGUGGAUCAAAUCCGAAGGCGACAAACUCUCCAAAGGCGAUAGCGUUGUCGUCGUUGAAUCCGACAAGGCUGACAUGGAUGUCGAGACUUUCUAUGAUGGUAUCCUCGCUGCUAUUGUUGUUGAAGAAGGUGGCGUCGCUGCCGUUGGAUCUCCCAUCGCGUUUCUCGCUGAGACUGAAGAAGAAAUCGAACAAGCCAGGUCUAAAGCCCUCUCUUCUUCUUCUUCAUCUUCAUCCUCUUCACCAUCUUCUUCUACUCCGGCGCCUGCACCCGCACCUGCACCCGCACCUGUAGAAUCUCAACCGAAGAAAGCUGUUGCAGCGGCGGUUGUGUCUAAACAUCCGGCGUCAGAGGGAGGGAAGAGAAUAGUAGCAUCUCCUUUUGCAAAGAAAUUGGCUAAGGAAUUGAAGGUGGAGUUAGGGCUAAUUGUUGGGACUGGGCCUUCAGGGAGGAUUGUGGCUAAAGAUGUUGAGGCAUUUGCAGCUUCAGAAGGUUCUUCUGCUAGUGUUGCUGCGGCGGCGACAGAGCCGGCGAAGACUACAGCUUCAGGUGUUGAAUUGGGAACUGUGGUGCCGUUUACGACAAUGCAGAAUGCUGUGAGUAGGAACAUGGCGGAGAGUUUGGUUGUUCCCACUUUCAGAGUUGGUUACACUUUCACCACUGAUGCACUUGAUGCUCUCUACAAGAAGAUUAAAUCAAAGGGAGUUACUAUGACCGCAUUGCUUGCAAAAGCUACAGCACUCGCGCUGGCUAAACACCCUGUUAUAAACUCUAGUUGUAGGGAUGGUAAUAGCUUUACUUACAAUAGCAGCAUCAACAUUGCAGUUGCUGUGGCUAUAGAUGGCGGACUUAUUACUCCAGUGCUUCAGGAUGCUGAUAAGGUUGAUGUCUAUUCUUUGUCAAGAAAGUGGAAGGAGUUGGUUGAUAAGGCCCGAGCUAAGCAGUUGCAGCCUCAUGAAUACACCACAGGUACUUUCACCCUUUCCAACCUGGGAAUGUUUGGCGUUGAUCGGUUCGAUGCUAUUCUGCCUCCUGGAACUGGAGCAAUUAUGGCAGUUGGAUCAUCACAGCCAACUGUUGUGGCUACCAAGGAUGGUCGCAUUGGAUUGAAGAACCAAAUGCAGGUCAAUGUUACGGCAGAUCAUCGAGUAAUCUACGGUUCCGAUCUAGCUCUGUUCUUGCAAACCCUGUCACAGAUCAUUGAAGACCCUAAAGAUCUUACUUUCUAGUCUCAUUUUUCUGUAUUCUAAUACUGCAUACGCAAGAGCAAAAGAACUUAUGAUUCCUCUCGUCGUGGAUUACGUACUUUUAAUCGUUGAGAAGCACAAACUGAGAAGCCAAAUUACUCUAUCCACUCAGGAUUGUGCAAAGAGCAGGAGCCAAGUUUUGAAUAGGAAAGUUGAGUUCUAGUUUCUUAAAUGAGAUUGAGUCAAAUAUGCCAUUUUUCUUUUUUCAUUUUUCGGUAGUACUGUCUGGUUAUAAUUUUUUUUGGUUGCUCAUUAUUGUCUGAAUAAUGUCAAUUAUUUAUGUGAGAAUAUGAAACAUGUUUUA